AUGAACGAAUUAAAUUAUAACGCAGGGAUGAGCUCCUACCAGUUCGUCAACUCGCUCGCCUCCUGUUAUGGGAAUCAAGGGCCAGGGCGUACUGGGACGCCCGUUGAACAGGCUGGUCAUCCGGGCUUACCAACACCAGGAGCCGAUUAUUACAAUCCCAAUGCAGCAGCGACGGCGUACCCUAAUGCAUGCUACUCUCCACCACAAGUGGGACAUCAUUAUCCACAACACCCUUACGGGACACCUGCUUCUGGGGCUCACAUGCAGGCUCAAACAAUGAUAGACUACACCCAAUUACAUCCACAAAGAUUGGGUAGUUCUACGAGUCAUAUGCAUCAACACUCAAAUCCAAGUCCUGGAGCGUUAUCUCCGAACUUGAUGUCAACACCGCCUAGCCAAGCUACUAGCGCAAGUUGUAAAUUUGCGGAUUCUACAUCCACGACAGGAGUAGCAUCGCCUCAAGACUUGUCUACAUCUUCAGGACCUGGAAGGACCUCACCCGGCUUUGGAGGCGUUGGACAAAAUUCAAGUGGAACUAGCACCAAACUAGGUUUGACUACACCGAUCGCAUCUCCUGUGGAGCACAAAGCUAAUGUGAAUCAGAAUAUAUCAAGCCCUGCUUCUAGUACCUCUAGUAACGAAAGUAAUGAAGCGAACAACUCCGGAUCAAACAACACGAAGAAUUCUAAGUCGUCGACAUCGAACUCUUCAGCAAAUCCUCCGCAAAUAUACCCCUGGAUGAAGCGUGUACAUCUUGGACAAAGUAAGUAG